AUGGCAUACCCUCAACCGACGCCCAUGCGGCCUGUCCCAGGUGCAUUCAUGCACACCCCGGCCGUCGCCUCGAGGUUCGGCGCCAAUACCGACCCGGUUCGGAGGCGCCUCUUCAACGAGGCAUCAGGCGCCGGCACCGCCAAUCCUCUAGGCUCGCGGACGGGUUUUGGAGAGCAGGGACUAGAUGCCCCGACCGGACCUGAGCAGUCCCCCCCCUGGGCUCUCCAGCCGCUCGGGGGAGGAGCUGGCGCUCCAGCGACUCCGGGCGCAGGCACAGGAAUGGCGGCAUCGGGGGGAGCUGGCAUAGGCUCGGCUUUGGCGCCAGGCCCUGCUCCGUUACCACCUGCGCAACCCCAGAAACCCAUCACGAAAGCCGCCGGCUACGUCAACACUGCUCUCGCUACAGAUCUGCAGUACCCAGAGCUCGAGCAAUACUGCAAGCAGAUGUCAUCCGACUACCACAAAACGCAGGACUCCAACUGGGUGCCCUACAAGACGGUCCAGUCGUAUGUGCUGCCUGACAAGGUCUUCGAGCAAUACCAACGGGCAGAGGUCUCGACGAGCAUGGGCCUGUUUGCUGAGCUCAACCAUGCCUGGGUCACCAUCGAUAACUGCUUAUAUCUGUGGGACUACACGCAUCCCAACCCGGAGCUCAUCGGCUUCGAAGACAACGAGUACUCCAUCACCUCGGUGAAGCUUGUCGCCCCGAAACCUGGCGUCUUCGUCAGCGAGAUCAACUACAUGCUCGUCGUGGCUACGUCGUCCAACAUAUUUCUUCUUGGAGUCGCUGCUCAGUCAUCAGCCAACGGAGCCACGACAGUAACGCUGUACCAGACCAAGAUGCAGGCUUCCACAAGCGGCGGCGAGGCCGAUGUCAUUGCCGCGGCAGCGAAUGGCCGUAUCUUCUUUGCCGGCUUUGCCGAUACCGAUAUUUACGAGCUCUCUUAUCAGCAAGAGGAGAAGUGGUUCACAAACAGAACCUACAAGACGAACCAUUCCGCCAGUGGAAUCGUCUCAAUGCUCCCCAAGAAGCCCCGUGCCAUAUGGUCAGCCAAGAGCAAUGAACACAUCGUUGGCAUCGUCAUCGACGAUACGCGAAACCUGCUCUACACCCUCUCUAACCUGUCUACCAUCCGAACCUACCACAUGGAAGCCCCCGACAAGCUCACCAAAGUCAUCGAGAAGACCAAGCACGACUGUCUGCGAGAUAUAAUGCACGCGCUCAGCGGCAAUUCUCCCUUGCUCAACGACCAAACAAGCAUUGUCUCCAUUUGCCCUGUCACGAAAACCGAGGAUGCCAAGGUUCACCUCAUUGCCGUGACGAACACGGGUUGUCGACUGUACAUGAGUGCUGCAGGAGCCUCGUACUACAUGGCUUCCCCGAACCAGGUGCCCUCUAGCAUGCAGCUGCACUCGAUCAAGUUUCCUCCUUCAAGCACGUCCAGGCCAUCGGUGAGACAAGGCCGUGACGCGUACGGCGGCCCUGGCGAUUACUUUGAUAUACAGUCACAAACGUUGAUAACAACACGCAGUGGUGUUAGGUUUGCUCCAGGAUACUUCCUGGCCUCAGUCUCUAAGGAAGGCGGGAGCCGCGAAGGUCUCUUUGCAGCGGCCCCCGACACCGGCCGCAUUAAGAACAGCGGACCGAAUCAACCUCUACGAUUUUAUGAGCACAGCGUGUGGAUUGAUGUCGGUGGCAAGCCUGAAGAUAUCGGUAUCAUCUCGAAACCGUUCGCGGCCGCUGCGACCCCGUUGGGCUUCGGUAACGAGUUGGCUGUCCAGUUUGACCAACCCGCGAAUGAGUUUGCCGUUCUCACGAAUACUGGAGUUCAUAUCAUUCGACGACGGCGACUGGUGGACAUUUUUGCCGCAGUAAUUAGGAAUACUUCUGGCGAGGAGAGCCUGAAGGCCGAGUUCAGCAAGUUCCAAAAUAUGUAUGGACGCAUCGAGAGCGUAACAGCUGCGCUUGCAGUCGCCUGUGGUCAAGGCAAUGAGAAUGGUGCCGGGCGUGGCGCCAUAGACCAAACCACAGAAGAUCGUGCGCGACAAGCCUUCGUCAACUUCGGUGGCAAUCCCACGCUUCCCGAGCAAGACGGGCAGCAGCCGACUGUUGACACCGUGAAGCCCUCAUCGCGGCAUGGCGCUCUGGCCUUGUAUCUCAGCCGUCUCAUCCGAUCCCUGUGGAGCUCGCGCGUUGUAUCGUUUGGAACUGAUGCCGUUGGUGGUUUGGCCAUCGCUUCUACGGUGCCUUUGAGCAAAUUGAAGGCAGUCCAAGAUUCUCUUGAGCGUUUGAGAUCGUUCCUCGAGGCCAACAAGGGGUUCAUUCAAGGCUUGUCUGGGCCAGCAGAUCUUCAGCGCGCCGGCAACAAGCAGGAGGAGAUCGCCUUCCAAGGCGAACACCAAGCUAUGCACGCCGUGCAGGUAUUGAUGGUCAGCAUCUCGGAGGGUAUAUCCUUUAUUCAAGUCCUCUUUGACGAGCGUGUUGCCGACAUUUUCGCCCGCUUGGAUGAUGAAGCUCGCCUGCAGCUCAGAGAGCUCACGUAUGAGCGCCUAUUCUCCCAGGAUGCCGGCAAGGAUCUUGCCAGAGUUCUGGUCAAGGCUAUUGUUAAGCGCAAUAUCGAGAAUGGCUCCAACACCGAGACUAUUACCGACGCGCUGCGCAGGCGAUGUGGCAGCUUCUGCGGCCCAGACGACGCCGUCGUUUUCAAGGCACAGGAACAAGUUCAGAAGGCAUCAGACCCAGCACAAAACUCUAACACAGUACGUGCCCUCCUCGGUGAGAGUCUGAAGCUGUUCCAAAAGGUGGCGGGCAGUUUGACGCAAGCGAACCUUGAGACGGCAGUAGAUCAGUACGUGGGCUUGAAAUACUACGCGGGCGCGAUUCAACUCUGUUUAACGGUGGCCAAGGAGAGGGAUCGUGGCAACUCAGCCCAUUCUUGGGUUAACGAUGGCAAGCCAGCCAACGACCCUAGGCUCAGCAAAUUUGAGGAGCGGAAGCGCUGUUAUAACCUGGUGCACCAUAUCCUUCAAAGCCUGGAUGCCGCCUCAAACCUUGAACCUGAGGUCAUCGAUGGCAAACUGACCUCGAUAGCCAUUAAGCGGAAUGAGGCGUACGAAGUCGUCAACUCGUCCACCGACGAAGUCUUCCACAAUGACCUUUACGAGUGGUACGUUGAGCAAGGGUGGACAGACCGGCUACUCAACAUUGAGUCACCCCAUGUUGUCAAGUUCCUCCAGAAUCUGGCUGCCUCCAAUGUUGUACACGCCGAUCUUCUGUGCCGCUACUUCACGAUGCGUAGCCGCUACUACGAGGCGGCACAAGUCCAAGCGCAACUUGCACAGUCCGAUUUCGAUAUCUCGAUAAAGGAACGCCUCAACCUGCUCUCAAGAGCAAAGACGAACGUCAGCGUUAUGACCGCUGGCGUUGGACGACAAGAACUGCAGAUGCUUAACCACGAGGUUACCGAGCUGUUGGAAGUGGCGCACAUCCAGGACGACCUGCUUGAACGUCUUAGAGCGGACGAUCGCAUCCCUGCCGAGAAACGCCCCGAGAUCGAAGAAUCACUGGAUGGCCCGAUACAGGGUCUUUCAGAGCUGUUCAACACGUACGCCGACCAGGCGGGCUACUAUGAUUUGUGUCUGCUCAUCUUCCACGCUGCCGACUUCCGCAAUCCGACAACAAUUGCCAACACGUGGCUCAGCCUGAUUGCGCAGACUCACGAAGAUGUCCAAGCGGAAUGGGAUUCGUACAACGCCCACCCCAACAAAGCCAACCUCGAGGCUCCGCCGCAACCUUACGAAAGGCUCGUUGGUGUCAUCCAGGAUGUGUGCCACCGUGCCUCGAACGAUAGCUUCAUCUUCCCCGUGGCGACUCUGCUACCGGAAGUGUGCCGCUACGCAGUGGAGAACGGUCAAGAUGAACGCAUCGGUGCUGAUUUUGAUUGGCCCGUUCUCCUGUUUCUGCAGCUCGGUGUCAGUCACGACCUUGUAACGCGGAUUCUGGAGCAGAUGUUCGAGAGCCAGGACGUGCCGUUCCGUGGCGUAGGCCGCCUCCGAGUUGUCGAGUGGAUCAUCUAUGUUGUACAUGCAUGGGUCAGGGAGAUCACCCGGUCGGCCAGGCCCGAACGUGGCCUGGAAAGCUGGGUCAGUGAGCUGAUGGCCGAGUGCGAGGCGCUCGUGCGAAACCCUCCUCAAGGCCAGGCAAGUCAGGCGCUGGCUGAUUUGGCUAGGGAGGCUAGAGAGGUGAAGAAGGCGGUCGACGGACUCGCUGGAGUUGGAUCAGGCAGUUUCAGAGGUAGCAUGGGAUUCUUGUAA